GCCAGUCUGGAUGUCGGUGCCGAGCGGAACCAUCGACGUCCAUGAAAAAGAGGACCUGUUGGUGACGGCUUCGGCCUCUGCAAAUCCUCCGCCAGUUAAGUACAGCUGGUGGCACGGUCCUCUGGAAUUGGAGGGCCAAGUGGAGCCGGUCGCUGGAGGAGGAGGAGGGGGAGGAGGAGGAGGAGGAGGAAGAGAGGGCCAACUGGAAGGGCGCCUUGAGAUGAGAAGGGUCCAUCGCCAGGAGUCCGGAGAAUACUCUGUCACUGCCACAAGUCCCAGAGGAACCGUCACCGCUUCCUUCGUCAUUAAUGUCCUGUAUGGUCCUGAAAACAUCGUGACAUCCAAACGGGUGACGGUGGAUGAGGGUGGCUCAGCUUCCGUCCUCUGUACAGCAGUUGGCAAUCCUACACCGAACGUGACCUGGGUCAGACAGGAGGAUAACAGCAGCAACUCCGAGGUUCUCUCUUGGGGCAUCGGCGAAGCCAGACUCUCGAUCGAGGGGGCGACCAGAGCAGACACGGGAUUCUACCUGUGCCUCGCCUCCAACGUCGUCUCCAGGGCGGAGCCCGUUCGCGCGGCCGUCGUCGUGACUCAAACUCCAGAGGUUCCCGACGAAGUGGAAGAAGGCGCAGAAGAGUCCUACCUGAGUCACUGGGCUCACUUGGGGGGGACGGCCCGCCUGGAGUGUAGCGUGAAAGCCGCCCCUUCGCCCACUUUCAAGUGGACCAUCAACGAGGACCGAGUUCUGCUAAAUGACCGGAAGUAUUUCAUAAGGGUGCCUGAGCUAAUUGACGGUUUGGUGGCCUGGUCGUCUGUCCUGGAGAUCAAGAACGUUUCGCUGAAGGACUACACCACUUACACCUGUGUCGCCACCAAUUCCAGAGGAUCCUACGCUGUGAAUUACACUCUUGGCUCACCCCUGCCCCCGAAUCCACCUCAGUAUCUCAAUGUCACGACAGUCACAGGUAGUACGGCCUACCUCUCGUGGGUGCCCCCGGGUGGGGGGACACCCCCUGCGGGCUACACCCUUCUCUAUCGGCCUAAGAACGGAGGAAAGUACACGAAGCGCCCAUCUGUCCCAAGGUUUCGAGCGCGACGUCCCAGGUUUACCCUCGCCACUCCUACUCGGGGACCCGAGCAAGGGCAGCACCAUCUGGUCAUCAAGGGCGCCACCUUGGACGACGACGGCGAGUACCAGUGCCAAGUGGGUCCCACUACUGACACCAGUGCCUUGGCGGCCUCUGCUAACGUCACUGUUUAUGUGGCUCCAACCAAGCCUGAACAUUCAUCAGGGGCGCCGACAGCAGCGUCCGUGCAGGGCACAGAGGGUCACAACCUGUACCUGCAGUGCCUCGUCAACGGCGCCAGACCCGCCCCCUCCAUAGCUUGGUACCGCAAUGGUCUCAUGUUGGAUGACAGUAAGUGGAGUAUAGAAUUCCUACCACCAACCACCCAUCAUCAAAGCAGCCCUAACAGUCAGUCCCUCCCGACCAGGCCUCCACCGGAGAGGGCUGACCACAUAUCCCCCGAGACGAAGAGAUGGAGCGUCAGGAGUCGUCUCUUGGUGGUGCCAAGUGUCCAAGACGACGGUCAACAGUACACCUGUCGCGCCCUCCAUCCCACGUUCGCCAGGUCCCACAAGGCGCUGGUGGAUUCGGUCACCCUCUCGGUCUUACGUGAGUACCACAGCCCCUUCUGUCUCUGGUGGCACAAGAAAGCGGCAAUGGGAUUGUGUCUGGAUACUGUGAGUGAGGGCGAACUCCUGUCCCUAUCCUGCCGAUCCACGGGCGGGAACCCACGCCCGCAACUCUCCUGGUACAGAGACGGGCGUUUACUGCAGCAGCACCCGAAUAUCACCCACGCGUCGAAGGCUGCCUCCGAAGACGGAGGAGAGGCGGAAGCCGCCCUUCGGUGGGCGGUGACGGGGGAGGACGACGGCGCCCGUUACGAAUGCAGAGCCCAGAACGAAGUCUCGGGCGGUCUCCUGCUUGCGGAUGACGUCACGCUCAGCGUUCUCUACAGACCGUCACGGGUCGAAAAUAACGGAGUCAAGGGUGGCCCCAGUACCUCUGUGGCCAGCGAGGCUGAUGGUGGAGGCUGGGUGACCUCUUCUGACCUCAAGUAUCACCUAGAAAGGUCAAUGAAGCUGUCGGAGAUCACGGUGGAGUGCCAAGCGAGGAAUGGUGUCAGCGAAGAGGCCGUCACUGAGACCAGGGUCAUCAGCAUCAUGAAGCCCCCCGGGCAUCCCUUACUGAAGAUAGAGGGCAUGGAAGACUUGAUGGCAGGAGGGCGACUGAUCGUCUUCUGCACCAGCGAGGGAGGCAACCCAAAUCCGGGUAUCACAAUUUACAAAGACCGAAGGAAACUGGUAUCCGAUGUCAUCCAAGAGGGAACCGUCUCCAAAGCGAGGGCGUCGUUUGAGGUCACUGCUUCGGACAACGGGGUCAAGGUGACCUGUGAGGUCAGCAACCCUGCCCUCAAAACGCCCCUCGCGACUUCCACCAAGAUAAGACUGAAAUUCGCGCCGGGGGAGGUCAGCGGAUGGGUGAGGCCGAGCGAGGUCGAGGCAGGUAGCACGGCGACCUUGGUGUGCGAGUCUUCGUCGAGUCUCCCGGAAUCGGCUCUUUCCUGGCGCUCAGGGCCCCUGACACUGCAGGGGGCCACUUCGACGUAUACCCAGGGGCUCUACGGCGGCUCAGUCACCAGGUCUGAGAUGAAGGUGAAGGCUCUCAUCGAGGACAAUGGCAGGACCUUCCAUUGCGACGCCCAGAACGGCCUGGGAGUCGUUCUCUCCACAAACAUAUCACUGAACGUGCUGCAUGGGCCAGUCUGGAUGUCGGUGCCGAGCGGAACCAUCGACGUCCAUGAAAAAGAGGACCUGUUGGUGACGGCUUCGGCCUCUGCAAAUCCUCCGCCAGUUAAGUACAGCUGGUGGCACGGUCCUCUGGAACUGGAGGGCCAAGUGGAGCCUGUCGCUGGAGGAGGAGGAGGGGGAGGAGGGGGAGGAGGAGGAGAGGGCCAACUGGAAGGGCGCCUUGAGAUGAGAAGGGUUCAUCGCCAGGAGUCCGGAGAAUACUCUGUCACUGCCACAAGUCCCAGGGGAACCAUCACCGCUUCCUUCGUCAUUAAUGUCCAGUAUGGUCCUGAAAACAUCGUGACAUCCAAACGGGUGACGGUGGAUGAGGGUGGCUCAGCUUCCGUCCUCUGUACAGCAGUUGGCAAUCCUACACCGAACGUGACCUGGGUCAGACAGGAGGAUAACAGCAGCAACUCCGAGGUUAUCUCUUGGGGCAUCGGCGAAGCCAGACUCUCGAUCGAGGGGGCGACCAGAGCAGACACGGGAUUCUACCUGUGCCUCGCCUCCAACGUCGUCUCCAGGGCGGAGCCUGUUCGCGCGGCGGUCGUCGUGACUCGUAAAAACUCAGAGGUUCCCGACGAAGUGGAAGAAGGCGCAGAAGAGUCCUACCUGAGUCCCUGGGCUCACUUGGGGGGACGGCCCGCCUGGAGUGCAGCGUGA